CGUAAGCGUUGGGGGCGGAGCCGCCCUGUGCGCGGUGACUGGCGGCGGCACUGGCGGCAGCUGGAGGCGUAAUAGUGUGGGUUGUGGGCUUGGAGAAGUUCCGAGGCGGCAGUGGCGCCGGGGACUACGACGACAGCGGGAGCGGGCCCCGGCCUUGUCGCUCACCAUGCCGUCGGUAGAGGAGCUUUACCGCAACUACGGCAUCCUAGCCGAUGCCACGGAGCAAGUGGGCCAGCAUAAAGAUGCCUAUCAAGUGAUACUGGAUGGUGUGAAGGGUGGUACUAAGGAAAAACGAUUAGCGGCUCAGUUUAUUCCGAAAUUCUUUAAGCAUUUUCCAGAAUUGGCUGAUUCUGCUAUCAAUGCACAGUUAGACCUCUGUGAGGAUGAAGAUGUAUCAAUUCGACGUCAAGCAAUUAAAGAGCUGCCUCAAUUUGCCACUGGAGAAAAUCUUCCCCGAGUGGCAGAUAUACUAACCCAACUUCUACAGACAGAUGACUCUGCAGAAUUUAACCUAGUGAACAAUGCCCUGUUAAGUAUAUUUAAGAUGGAUGCAAAAGGGACGUUAGGUGGGUUGUUCAGCCAAAUACUUCAAGGAGAGGACAUCGUUAGAGAAAGAGCAAUUAAAUUCCUUUCUACAAAACUUAAAACUUUACCGGAUGAAGUCUUAACAAAGGAAGUGGAGGAGCUUAUACUAACAGAAUCCAAAAAGGUCCUAGAAGAUGUGACUGGUGAAGAAUUUGUUCUGUUCAUGAAGAUACUGUCUGGGCUAAAAAGCUUACAGACAGUGAGUGGAAGACAGCAACUUGUAGAGUUGGUGGCUGAACAGGCUGAUCUAGAGCAGACCUUCAAUCCCUCAGAUCCCGACUGUGUGGACAGGCUCUUACAGUGCACUCGGCAGGCAGUACCCCUCUUUUCUAAAAAUGUCCAUUCCACAAGGUUUGUGACUUAUUUCUGUGAGCAGGUUCUCCCUAACCUCAGUACCUUAACUACCCCAGUGGAGGGUCUCGAUAUACAGUUGGAGGUAUUGAAAUUGUUGGCAGAGAUGAGUUCAUUUUGUGGUGACAUGGAGAAGCUAGAAACAAAUUUAAGGAAACUAUUUGAUAAGUUAUUGGAAUAUAUGCCCCUCCCUCCAGAAGAAGCAGAAAAUGGUGAGAAUGCUGGUAAUGAAGAACCCAAGCUGCAGUUCAGUUAUGUGGAAUGUUUGUUGUACAGCUUUCACCAGUUGGGCCGAAAACUUCCAGAUUUCUUAACAGCCAAACUGAAUGCAGAAAAGCUCAAAGAUUUCAAAAUCAGGCUGCAGUACUUUGCACGAGGUUUGCAAGUUUAUAUUAGACAACUUCGCUUGGCUCUCCAGGGUAAAACAGGCGAGGCCUUAAAAACAGAAGAGAACAAGAUUAAAGUCGUUGCAUUAAAAAUAACAAAUAAUAUCAAUGUUUUAAUCAAGGAUCUCUUCCACAUUCCUCCUUCUUAUAAGAGCACAGUAACAUUAUCCUGGAAACCUGUACAGAAAGUUGAGAUGGGGCAAAAGAGAGCCACUGAAGACACAACGUCAGGUUCACCUCCCAAGAAAUCUCCAGCAGGACCAAAAAGGGAUGCCAGGCAGAUUUAUAAUCCUCCCAGUGGGAAGUAUAGCAGCAAUUUGAGCAACUUUAAUUAUGAGCAGAGAGGAGCCUUCAGGGGAAGUAGAGGUGGCCGAGGUUGGGGCGCACGAGGAAAUCGUAGUCGGGGAAGACUCUACUGAAUAAGACAUCACAUUCUUCAGCAUUGUCAUGAGCUUAAUAUACUUAAAUACUACUACUCGUUGAUUGGAUUGCCGGGGAUGUCCCUUUAAACGGACUGCUGCCUUCAGCUAAAAACUUAAUGUUCUUUAUACCUUUGUAUGUAUGAUCUACUUUUGUAACAGACCAUGGUGUGUCCAAGGUAAACCACAGCGAUAUUUUUGGAUGCUUGUUUUUGCAAUAUCAUCAUUAUUCAGACUUCAUAUUGUGAAUCUUUACUUUUAAACAUCUUGAUGAUUCAUUAUUGAAAGCUGUUCAAGUUUUAAAUGUAAUGAAAUUCAGUCUAGUUCUGAUAACUGAUAAAGAUCAUCAGUUUUGAAAGGUUACUGAUUUUCCUCUCCCGUCUCUUAGUUUUUGCCCAAUAUAUGGAGAAGAGUAACAGUCAAUCUUAACCUUUUGUUUUGUUUUUUAAUAAAGCUGCUAGGCAAUGGUGCAGCAUUCCCACCUACCUAGUGUCAUAAAAGCUAAAACUUACCAAAUCUUUCUUAAAAUGUAGAAGUGACAUUACAUUUUUAGGAGGAAGUAAGUUGCUUUGCACUGCUUACUUAACUCUUUUCCAUAUAUUGUGAUACAAACUUCUGAAUAUGGGAUCUUACUAUUUGAAUAGAAAUGGGUAUGUAUAAUAUACAUACAUACAUAGGCAUAUAUGUGUGUGUAUGUGUAUAUAUAUGCAUGCUGUGAAACUUGACUACACAACAUAAAUCAUUUUUCAAAAUUCCAGGAACGGGUAGUCUUUGACACGGUGAUUAUCCUUUUGAGGCUGAAUCCAUUAUUGACUUGUUAUCUAGGUUUUUAUUCCCAGUACUGAGGGAUUUUGAGUCAGUUGCACUUACAUGAUUAUUGUUAUUUAAAAGGAAAAAUAAACAAAGGCUGCAUUUUCAAAGAUAAAUUUGGAAAUUGCUAUUGGUGAAAUACAGCCAAAAUAUUGAAUCUAGUGUACAUAUAGGUUUCUACAGGAUGAGAUAGUAUAAUUUAGAAUUUGGAGAUUUAAUAACCAGGGCUGUCCAGGAAAAGUGACUUGAUAACAUGGUACCAGUAAGUAAGGGAUGCUCCUCUUGGUUUGCUUUUGCCACUUUCAAGAUUUUAACUUCUCAGGUUAUUAAUCAAAAUUAUUGUAUGUUAGCCAAUAGAAUCUUUAGUUUAAAACAACAGACGGGGGGUUUGUGGAGUGUUUAAUGUCGUGGGCAUUUUUAGUAGCAUAGACCCUUUGCUCUGCAGUUGAAUGUUUCAUAUAUUUUUGUUCCACAGUUAAUCUUCCCUUCCCUAAGUCUGCUAUUCAAAGCAAAUGCCUGAAUGACAUUUCUAGUAGUUUAAUGUAUUUUUUGAGGAAUAGUUUGUGAUUCCAAUGCAGGUGUCUUCAUUACCGUUACCUCUACACUGGGGGAAAAGCAAAACCCCUUUGUUAAUUACUUCAUGUUUAUGAGGAAAAUAUUUCUACAAGGCUAGAAUGACACAAUGAGCAAAAAAAAAAAAAAAAAAAAACUCGGUCAGCUUGGCUAAUGGAGUGGUGGCAAUAACCUCUAACAUUCCAAGACUAUAAGCUGAACCUGUACUCCCUUGGAAUCUGAACAGACAUAGGAACACGGAAUUGUCAUUUGAAAACUGUGACCAGCUAGUCUGGACCUCAUAGAUCGAUCAGCCAGUGGCUAAAGCCAUUUCAAGUACAGAAACUACAUUGAGACUACAGCUAUAUAAAUUUGAACAGUAAGUGUAAUUUUUCCAUUUUCUUUUUAUAUUUUUAAACUCAGAGCUAAGCAGAAGUGACUUUACUUUCUCUAGUUUGAUACUAAGUUGUGUUCCUUCCCUCACCACCUCACUCUUCCCUUUCCUAAGGCAAUAGUUCAAAGUUAGGUUAUUUUUGCUUACAAAAUUUGAAUGGAAACCUUCAUGCCAUAGAUUUUUUUCUUUUGCAAGACACCUGUUUAUCACUUUGUUUAAAUGUAAAUGUUUCCUUAUGCUUUUGAAAUAAAUUUCCUUUUGUAAUUUU